UUUUUAUAAAGAUAUAAUUCUGGAACCUAAGUAAGUAUGUCGGUCUAUUGUUAAAACAAUAUCAAAGAUAGCAUAUGGUAGGGUGGGGGCAGAUGGGACGCCUUUUCAAUCUAUCUUCACGUUUCAUUUGGUAGUAAACAAAAAACAUUCAAAGAAUUAUAAAACUGUCUUCGUGACUCCCAUAGAACGCUGUUGUUAAUUGAUGAAAACAUGAUCAGGUGUCCCGUAUUUCCCCACUCUAUUACUUUACAUUUUUGUAAAUACAUGUAAAUACAACUGCUGUUGCCGAAGUAGCAGUUGUAUUAUGUUUGUGUGAAUAUCAAAACAAGUAGAAGACUCCAGACAUGAAUGCAUAAAGCAAAUGAAGGAAGCGGAAAGUAUGCGUCACUGGACGUUUAGAGCAACCAGCAUUUGUGCUGCGUAUAUGCAUUAUGACGUAUUACGCUAUGGUUUAUCACUGCAACAACGGGUGAAAUGGAAGGAAACGAUCCAACUGUGGGUAUAAAUACCGAAGCAGCAAAACCUGGAAAUAAGACAUGUGCAGAAUGUUACGCUCGGGAUCCACAAUUUGCAUCUUUAACUUUUGGAGUUUUUAUUUGCGGAGAGUGUUCCAGGUUUCAUAGAGAACUAAGCAACGGACCAAAUAAAGUAGUGGAGAUAUCGAAGCAUCAAUGGUCAAAUGAUGAAGUAACGUUCUUCAAUGCACAAGGAAACGGCAAUGUGAACUCAGAGUUUGAAAAAGAACUUCCAAUAUUUUAUCAUCGUCCUGAUAAAGACGACCCGACCAUUAUACGCGAGCAAUGGAUUAGAGCUAAAUAUGAACGUGAAGAAUUUAAACUAACCUCACAACAGAGUUCAUAUAAUCAAGGGUCAAAAACUGGUGCAUUGUUUAAGCGUGGCAAGGAUAAUGGAAGAUACCAUCGUCGUAAGUUCAUUUUAAAGGAACCUGAAGGUGUUCUCAAGUAUUUUAUUCGGUACAGCGACAAAACUCCAAAAGAUGUGAUUCCAAUCAAGGACUUGGUCAGUAUCUAUGUGGUUCCAGGGAAAAUGGGAAAUGAAAAUGGUAUGCAGCUAACUUAUGAAAAGAAUGGAACGCGCAGAAAUAUUUACGUUUAUGGAGAAGAUGGAAAAACAACGAGCGAUUGGUAUCAUGCAAUUCGAGCUUCAAUGGUUAAACAUAAAUAUGAAAACUUUCCAGUCAACGAAGCUCAGCGAUAUCUAAACAUUAAAAUGAUUAAAGAAGGAUGGAUGAGCAAAACAGGUCCGAAAGCAAAAGAAAAAUUUCGCCAACGUUGGUUCAGUUUGGUUGGAACAUUGAUAUGGUAUUAUAACGAACCCCUUGACCCACAUCCUAUAGGUUUUAUUCCACUUGGUUCAAAAACAUUUGGUUAUGGCAUAAUGAAAGGAUUGCCUCUUCGUAUCACUGUUGAAGGUUGUGGUAUUACAGUUCAUACACCAGAUCGGGUUUAUGCUUUAAUAUGUUCAGAUAUUAAAUCAAGAGAUGAAUGGUACACUGCUAUAGAUCAGGUACUUGAAUCAUGCACUAACAUGUGGGUACAACCAGGUAUUGGAAGACUGGGAAGUGAAAAAACACUGCUUGAACCAGCUGCUCAAAAACCUAAUGAAAAUGAAAACGCAGCUUCAGAAAAUCUUCAAAGUCGGACAAGUCCUAUUUCAAAAGAAGUGGAUUCCAGUCCUGAUAUGAAGGAAUCAAAAACUAAAACAAGUAAAAUUAAACGUGAAAGAUCAAUUCCCAGCUCGCCUGAAGUAACCAUUAAACAUGAAUCACCAAAACGGGUUUUAAGAACUCACGACAGUAAGUUAUACAGUGAUGACUCGGGGGAUGACACAGCAAUCAGAUGCAAGUUUCAACUUCAAUCAAUAUCAGAUAAUGAUUCGGAAGAAGAUGUUGUUGUUGUUGUUCAGCCAGACAGAAUAGAACCGAAAACCACCCCUAAGAAACCACCACGCAAGCAUCUUAAACAAAAUACUUCAAAUGAAUUUCUUGCAACAAUUUCUAACCAAACGUCAAGUCAAGAAAACUUAACACUAGAAGUUUCAUCAGAUGAUCAAAGUGGAAGCUAUUCAUUUCAACCUGAACCAGAUAGUUUAUCUCCAUUAGCAAACGAAGAUUGGAGAAAGAAAACUUUCUCUUCAUUUCGUCGAGUUGCUGGAAAUGAGCGUAAAAGUGUUAAGCAAAGGCAGGGUAGUGUUGCACGCAGAUCAUCUUUAACCAGCAUAGCAAGCACCUUAACCUCUAUGGAAUCAAAAGAAAUUUGCAAACCAGUUGACAUAACCCUUGUUAAUCAAAUGGAUGAAAGCUUGUGGUUUAUGGUGUUCCAAAGUGAAGUUGAUCACGAACAUCUUGAUAGUUAUGUAACUCCAUGGAUUGGAGCUCAGAUUGCAGAGGCCCCAGCAUCUGUAGGCCCAAUUCGAAUCCCAUGUGAUUUUGAAAUUGCAAUAAUUGAUACUGCACCUGGUGGAUUUAAUUUACAACGAACAACUGGUCCAUUUUAUGCGGAACCUGGAGAUGUUUGGGAGGUCGAAAUACCAAAUGAUGAUGGAUCGGCACCAGAGAUGUUUUUCCAUGAAGGAAUGGAAACUGAGGAUGGCAGUGUGAUGGUUUAUUCAAAUAUUGAUAAUGUAAAAAGGUUUGAUGUGGCUGUUUUUAAAUCAAAGCGCAAGUUAUUCACUCGGACAGGAGUAAAACCUGGUGAUUCUGUCCCAAUCAAAAUCCAACCAGCUUUACAUUUUAUGGCGGUUGACAGUGAGACCUACUAUAACCUGGAGAACCAAGAACUGCGGUCCGUUGACUAUAUUCCAAAAGCAAGCAUUGUCAAAUUUAACUACAGAACAACGAAGCUAAAAGUCGUUGCAAAGAAACGAGGAAAAACUGUAUAUUUUACUUGUGAAAAGCCAAAGUCGUUACGGAACCAAAAUAUAAAGUAAAUUGAAGUCACUACUGGAAAAGGAAUAGAAUGUACACUAUUUUUAUUGAGUUUUGUACAAUGUAACUAAUGGAAAAGGAAUAAAAACGUAACCACUGGAAAAGGAAUAACAUUGCAUUUUACUUUUCUUCAAGUUUUGUGCAAUAUUUUUAUCAAAAAAAAUACUUUUUUAAGUUCGUUUAAAGGAAGAAACUUGAAAGUAAAAGUACCUAAACAUUAUACAGUACUGUAUAAAAUCGUGGUUUUCAUUGACAUUUUU